AAAGGCGAUAGAUUCUUGACAUCUUAUUUUGCUGCAUGUUGAGGAAUAUAUACUGUGCCCACUUUCAUGAACUCAACAUCUCCCUGGAAGCCACCCGCCCAUUCCCUCCAUUAAAUAUGCAGUGCCUGUUUUCUAGCUUACCAUAAUUCUCAUUUGGUUUGCAUUCCUCUUCCUCGCCCCACGUUAAUGGCGUCCAAGAGAAUUCUGAAGGAGCUCAAAGACUUGCAGAGAGACCCCCCAACGUCAUGCAGUGCAGGUCCUGUUGGAGAAGAUACGUUCCAUGGGCAAGCAACCAUCAUUGGUCCUAAUGACAGUCCCCAUGCUGGUGGUGUUUUCCUUGUUACCAUCCAUUUUCCUCCUAAUUACCCUUUCAAGCCUCCCAAGGUCUGCACCACAACAUUCUCUUGGGAAAAAAUAAUAGUUUAA